GCUGUUGAAUGGAAUUGAAAUUUAAAAUAAUCCCGAGGCAACGAUAAACAGUAGAAACUUCCCAGAAGCCAUGGCUUUGAGCAAAUCAAUAGCCGGCGCCAAAGACGAGCAAAACGAACUGGUCGAAUUCGAGUCCAAAGAUGACGAGGAGAGCACCGAGGCCACUGGAAGCAAUUGCGAUACAGAAGCUAUUACCAAAGAAGAGGAGUGGAUAACGAAACGCAAGACAGAGCUCACAACCACCAGACAGAUCGAGACGAGGGUGAAGCGGCAGGUGAAGCUGCAGGAUGGCAAGGUCAUCGAGGACUCCGGGCCCAUUGUCUCCACCAACACCACCGAGGACACCGACAAGCAGGAGACGGAGACCACUGAGAAACGUGACCUCGACCUGCCCGACGAUCUCGACGGAAACGCCCAGCUGACCGACGUGGCCGCCCUGCAAGCAGCCGCCGCUAAUGAGUCUCAGCUGGCCCAGAUCCAGGAGGUGUUCGGGCCGGCGGACGGAGCCGGGAAGCUGGUGAAACGAAUGGUCCCACGGCCGGCCGAUGGGCUGGUGCGGCAGGUGGACGACAAGCGGGUCAUCUCCCACGAGGAGGUCAAGGACUACCACGAGACCGAGGACGUCAAGCACCUGGGCGACUUUACAGAUCAGACCUACGUAAACGCCGUAAGCCAGGGCGUUGAGGAUCUCGAGGCCGUACUCUGCUCCCCGGAGAGCCAGAGGCAGCUGGUGCCGCUGGGACCUCAGGUGGUGGCCAGCCGGAGCAAGUCGCGCAAGACCAUCGACUCGGAGGAUACGCAGAAGCGCUGCCUAGCCCAGGAAGACGGCACCCUGGUAACAGAGAGCCGGCGGACUACCGAGCACGAACUCAUCCUCGACGACGACCUGCCCCCCGGCGACCAAAGGCAUGCCCAGCUGCCGGCGGCGGAUCAGGAGCAGGUGACCACGACGGCGGCCAACCAGCGCUUUUUCCGGCAGCGGGACGAACAGCAUGUGGACCUGCUAGCCAACGGCCGACUGCUGUCCACCGAGAUGCGCUACGCCGCCGAGACGACCCAGAUGGACAAGGACGGAGCCGGGGAGCUGGAGCGUCCGGGCGACUGGGACAGCCUCUCCGACCGGAUGCGCAAGCUGCGUCGCUCCCAGCAGCAGCAGCAAAAGGAAGUCGCUCUACUGGCUGAUCGGAAAGAUGCCCUCACGAAGCGGCCCCUUGACUUCGACCGGGAGGAGGAGACCCGCAAGGGCGAGACCAUGAAGUGGCUGGAGUCGCACUUCGGCAGCGAGUCCACCGCCUCGAACGACUCCCGCGACGACGAGGUGGCCCCCGAGGGCGAGGUGGUGGAGCCCACCAAGAAGAGCUACUUCAACGUGACCAUCAAGUCCCAGAGCCAGCCGCAGCAGCACCCCCAUGCCCACCAGCAUCCCCACGUCCACACGAAUGUCCACGCCCAUCCCCACCACCAUCCGCACCACCCGCAGACGCUGCCACGGAGCGCGGAACGGGAACGGGAGAGGGAGCGGGAACGCGAACGGGAUAGGGAUAGGGAGCGGGAAAGGGAACGGGAGAGGGAGCGGGAACGGGAAAGGGAGACGGAGAGGGAGCUGGAGCGGCAGAGGGAACGGGAGCGAGUAAAGGUUGCCACCUUGGAGAGGAAGCCGCCGCCUGGCGGACUCCAGCCCGGCGGCAGUCGCUCGAAAUACUUCCAGGGCAUCUCCAACUGGUCGGACCGCAAGGAUCCGGCUCCAGCCCCGCCCCCCGCCACGGCCGUCAACCACUUCUCGUCGCAGGCCUUCCGCGAGGACCUCCAGGAGACCAUAAGGCGCAAGAACCAGGUCUCCGGGCGGGAUCAGGGUGGCUCUUUCCUCCCGGAGCAGCCUAAGGACAGCUACGUGAGUCGCGAGGACAUCUUGCAGCAGAAGCGCCAGAGCCUCUCCUCGCAGUUUCUAGCCCGCUCCAUGCGUGGCUCCCGCGACGCCCUCGACGAUCUCGAGGCCAUACCGGGCCCCGGUCGUGGUCCAGGACCGCCGCGGCCGGAGGAGCCCUCCCACAAGCGGGUGGCCUACGGACACCACCGCCGCACCAGCAACGGGGUGAACGGAGCGGCAUCGGCUCCCUUGGUGAACGGACGUGGAAAGAGCUACGAGCCGGCUCCUCCGCCGCCAGCGCCGCCCAUGGAGUUCGGCGGCAAUGGCAGCGGAUUGGGAGGAAGCCAUCCGAGACCCACGGUCCCGCAGCGACGACGUGCCAUCGAAAAGAAGCUGGUGGAGCACACGCCUUCCGUGCACUCCCAGGCUCCGCCGAUACCCGUGCCAGCAGCGGUCGGUGGGCCUCUUUCCUCCGGCAGCCAGCUGGAGCCCCCGCCGGACUACUCGCCCCCGCCGAGGAGCCGCAGCCGCUCGUCCUCACCCCAGGUGGACUACCUAAUGACCAGGGAGCUCCCCGCCAGCACGAUGACGCUCAGCCGGAAGCAGCAGCAGCGGACACGCUUCGCCCCCACGUCCAGCUACCCGCCCGGAGGAGCCGGCACCCUGCACCGGGCUCACGCUGGCGGAGCCACCUCGGCCUCCACCUCAAACCUAUCCGCCAUGAGUGCCCGCAGCGCCGGCGGCGGCAGCUCCAAGCCCAGCCGGAUGGGCCAGGUGAUUGGCAACUCGCUGCGCAAGCUGGUCAGCAAGAUCAGGUCGGCCAGUGCGGAGCGAAAGUUCCGGAUGAAGUCUUCGGCCAGCAAGUCGCGGGAACAGUCACCCAGUCCCGGACAUCCCGGAGCCAAUGGCGGAGGAGGCGGCGGCCCACCCCAGGUGACCACCUACCAGCAGUACAACGUUAUCGACGGGCACAUUGGCCACAGCCAGGAGUCCGAGGACUCUAACCAGAGCGACAAUCACAGGAGGAGGGAGCGCGAGCGGGAGAGGGAAAGGGAGCGGGAAAGAGACAGAGAGAGGGAGCGGGAGCGGGAACGAGAAAGGGAGAGGGAGAGGGAAAGAGACUCCCAGAUGCGCCCGAACUUCAAACGGGCCGAGUCCGCCGAUCCGCAGCUGCAGAACCUGGAGCAGCAGACCAUCAGUCCCCGGCAGCGGUACUACCUGGGCGAGGAUCCCUACUCGAGUACCCUAUACGGCAAGGAGAACCUGUACGAGCGGCGGCCGCGCCAGCGACAGUACGAGGAGCGGCAGCUAGAGCGCGAGGACGACUACUACGAGCAGCGAGGACCGGGCGGGGCGCCUCCGACGGCCCACACCUUGGGACGCUAUCAGAAGCACAGCCAGCGCUUCAGCGGCUCCACACCCAAUCUCCACCAGCAGCAGCAGGACUACCGGACUGCCCAGACACUGCCGCGAAAGCUGCACGAGCAGCGCCAGACUCAAGGCCGCUAUUAUCCCCCGGUCUCCCAGCCCCCGCCACUCAGCCUCCGGGGAGGGAACCACCAGCAGCCGCCCAGAGGCCCAUAUCAUCCCCAGCAGUCGCAGCACCAGCCCCAUCCCAAUCCCAGCCAGCUGAACCAGCAGCAGGGGCCCGCUAAGCCGGCCAGGACCUACGCCAAGGUCCUGAACCGGAGCAAGAGCUUCAACGUGCACGGCAUGAACGGCAGCAACGAUCCCAGUCCGAUAUACAUCGAGAAACUGUCCCGGAACAACUACCCGCCGUCGGGAAGCGGCGCCGGCGGUGGCUACGGUCUCGGCCAGGGUCCAAACGCCAACUACAAGUCCAACCCGCACCUCUUCUCUGGUAAGGACAACUCGCUCAAGAGCGGUCUGAAGAGUCCCUCGAUCGUGAACCUCAUAAGCCGCAGCCAGAAGGACCUCACGAAGAUCGGGGUGGCCGGGAACGAGGACGAGGACCUGCUGCCGGCACCCUACCCGGAGCAGCCGGACAAGAAGCAGCUCUACCUGCGCGGCCUGCACCAGCAGGCUCCGGACCUUUACCGGGUGAUCCACGGCGACGAGGACUAUACCGGACCCGGGCAGCGCAGCAAUGGACACAAGUACCCGCUGCAGGCCAAGUACUCGCUGGACUCGCGCUCCCCGCCCUCCGUGGAACUCAACAAGGACACGGCCAGCAUAGUGCGCAGGAGCAGCGAGGUGGAGCAGCAGGGCCACCAUCUGCGCCGCGGAUCGGGCGCCACCAUCAUUGAACUGCGGACCGGAGGCCACCGCAAGUGAACUCGGCUUCUGGAUGGUCCCGCGUCGGAGUCUCCCCCCGAGUAUCCCCAUAAAAUCUGCUAACAAAUGCUCGGCCCAGGGGCUUUAGUUUCAUUUGUCAAGCAGCAAAUAAAAAUGAAAGGCCAAUUGAACUAAUUGACGGAAAUCCUUGGAGUAUCCUUUGCGAGUCCUUGGAGAAUGUAAAAGCAAAACGUUACGCAAAAUAGGGAUCCACAAUCCCGCUGUCCUGCCACGCCUUUUCCAAUCGUAAUUCGAUAAUACCAUGUAAUGCCUACGUCUAAUUGCAGUAUCUAUAUAAUUUUUGUUUUUUUUUUUUUUACUACUAAUAUUAACGUUUUGUUGUAUAGAUGUAUCGUUAAAUGGAUAAACUAACUAAUAUAACUAAUAUAAUUCGAUAAUACUUGCACAAGUUUGAUUAAUAAACAAAAAUGCAAUUAAAAUAUUAAAUAAAGUGCCAAAAUAAAAGCA